AUGAAAAGAGACAAGAAAGAAGCCAAAGACUCAAUUGCAGGAAGGGUCUCCAAGCGGGUGAAGAAGAAGGAUGCUUCUGGUGGGAGUGCCUCUGUGGGACCUCACUCGCCUUCUUCAUUGAAGAUCCAAGAGGUCGUUAACCUCAUGGUUCAAGCUUACGGUCAAAAGGAGUUGGCCAGGGUUUGUUCCUCCGACGAAACCCCUGAAACUGCCCCGGAGGGUUGGUUUUGCAUUCAUGAGAAAUAUAUCUCUAAAUGCCACCUCCGGUUUCCGCUCCCAGACCUUUUGUUAGAUCUUCUUGACCAUUACCAGCUGGCCCUCUCUCAGCUCUGUCCCUCUGUUGUCCGGGUGAUAAAUGGUUUCAUCACCAGGGCUAAGGAAGAAGGGGUCGCUGUUAGGCUUACCGAGUUGAUGAGUCUUUAUACGGUCAAGGAGAGCUCUAGUAAGGAUGGUGCCAGCGGUACCUACUACCUUCCUUGUCGUCCUAGGCUCGGUCUUUUUAAGUCCUCCGGUAGUGAUGAUGAUUGGAGGAAGAAAUAUUUCUACGUCAAGAUCGACCCCACAACAGUUCUUAUGGGUCGUGCUCUCUCGGUUACUUGGUCCGAUAUAACUGAUAUUGAGGAUCCUCCUAAGCUUACUGAUAAGCUGUCUAGAGCUCUUUUUCGGAAGCUAUAUCAAAGUCCCAAUACUUGGGCGUCUUUUACCAUUUCUCGCAUUGGAUCUGCUAGGUUCCCGGAGCAAUAUAACACCAGGUUCCCUGACCCAAUUCCAGUUGAAGAUUUAGAAGUUUCUGAAGGUCCUUUCGUGGUAGAUCUUUCGACUGGAGCUAGUACUUCCGAAACUGAAAAGACUCAAGCUCCCAAGAUGAGGCCUUCUUUCCGUUCCAGGAGCAAACCUGCUGCAGCUGCCAGUGCUUCGCGAGGCAGCGACAGGACCCAAGGAGGAGCCUUCCUUAGCUCGCUGAAGGAGGUCCUUGACGAUGGGUCCUCUGUUCCUGUCAGGGAUGUUAACCCAGUUGAAACCAGAGCUCAAGAUGUUGUUCCUCGUCUCGAGAUCCCGCCGGUUAACGUUAACCCUCAAGCUGCUAGAGAUCCCUCUGAGGUCGAACCUCCGAGAAACAAGAGGUCUCGGACUGAUUUGGGAGAUAGGCCCGCCAGGUCUUCCUCCUCGUCUUCGCGGGGAGGGACCGUCGGCUGGAACUUUACCCAUUCUAAACCAGGAUCGAUCUUAGAUGACCCUUGGGGUUUGGCAACCAUCAUGAGGCAUAUGAAGAUGGUCGGAUGUUCUAUGCCUUCAAUCAAUGGUCUAACCAACAAGGAAGAAUACGUUGAGAUAGCUCACCACAUGGGUCAGUUAGCUGGAGCCAUCAACAGAGCUCAGCUGAGGUUCGAGGAGACCGUGAAUGGUGCUCCCAGUGCUGGGAUUUAG